AUGGAAAAAUUAUUAUAGAUUUCAUAAGAAGUUAGAGAAGCACUCGAGAAGGGUCAAGCAGUAGUAGCUUUGGAGUCAACCAUAAUCACACAUGGAAUGGAAUAUCCCACAAAUGUUUAGACAGCCUUGGGAGUGGAGGAGGAAAUCAGAAACAAAGGAGCUAUUCCUGCUACGAUCAUUGUCACACAGGGAAUCCUUAGAGUUGGAUUAAAGUAAGAGGAGAUCGAAGAGAUUGGAAAGAAUAAACACCACUACUAGAAAUGUUCAAGGAGAGACCUAGCAUAAAUAAUAGCAUAAAAAGGAUAUGGAAGUACAACUGUGGCAGCAACCAUGAUGAUUGCUCAUAUGGCUGGAAUCAAAGUAUUUGUUACUGGAGGAAUUGGAGGAGUUCAUAGAGGAGCUGAACACACUUUUGAUAUCUCUGCAGAUUUGGUUGAAUUGGGAUAAACUCCAGUUGCUGUUGUUUGUGCUGGUGCCAAGUCCAUUUUAGACAUUCCAAAAACCUUAGAGUAUUUGGAAACCUAAGGAGUUCCUGUCGUUGGAUACAAAACUAAACAUUUCCCCAACUUUUUCACUCCAGAUUCAGGUUUGUUCUGCAGUACAUCUGUGGAUUCCAGUCAGGAGGCCAGUGAGUUAAUUAAAGCACAAUUUGAGUUGUUGAAGCUUAAGAAUGGAAUCCUCUUUUGUGUGCCAGUGCCUUAAGAUUAAGCAGCAGAUGGUUAGAUUGUACAGUAGGCCAUUGAUAAAGCACUCAAAGAGUUGGAUGAAAAGAAUGUCAAUGGUGCUUUGGUUACUCCAUUUCUAUUGAAGAGAGUCAAUGAAAUUACUGAUGGGAUGAGUUCAAAAUCUAAUGUUGCUUUAAUUAGAAAUAAUGCAAGAGUAGGAGCUGAGAUUGCUAUUUAAUUGUGUUAAAAAUGA